GGCCGGCCCGGAGGCCCGGGACCGGCCCGCCGCCCAGCGCCCGCCGCGCAGCUCCCGCUCGCAUCCGCGCGCCUCGCUCCUCUCCGACAUGGCAAAAGUAUCCAGCCCUACGGAGACUGAACGAUGCAUCGAGUCUCUGAUUGCAGUUUUCCAAAAGCAUGCUGGAAGGGAUGGUAACAACAGCAAACUCUCCAAGGCCGAGUUCCUAAUCUUCAUGAAUACAGAGCUGGGUGCCUUCACAAAGAACCAGAAGGACCCUGGUGUCCUUGACCGCAUGAUGAAGAGAUUGGACCUCAACUCUGAUGGGCAGCUAGAUUUCCAAGAAUUUCUUAAUCUUAUUGGUGGCCUGGCCAUUGCUUGCCAUGAAUCCUUUAUUAAGUCCGCCUCUGGCCCUAAGUAAACUGGAGGAACCUGUGGGCCUAGCCUCCAGACCCACUCCCUUUCUUUCCAGCCUCUCACCUAUCUGCUCUUCACACCCCCCACAUACCCUGAACCCAGCACACCCACCUACCCAGGCAGGCCACUCCUGUUAGUAAUAAAACAAUAUUGUUUUUUUAAAACACA